AUGUGUUUGGAGAUCCCCUUGGAGCAGAUUGCCUUCACCAUCAGCCCAGAGACCUCCGCUGCCACUGUUGUGGUGAUCCGGGAGGAGCACAGGGGUGCCGAUGGCAUCAGCGGGCUUCUUCUGACAUCACAAACUGUGCGACACGAUCCAAUUGCCACUGCCAAAGAAUGGGGAGAUGACCGGAGCUUCCAGGAUGUAGUGACUUAUGAUGAUGUGCAUGUGAACUUCACUGCAGAAGAGUGGAAUUUGCUGGAUCCUUCCCAGAAGAAUCUCUACAAAGAUGUGAUGCUGGAGACCUACCAAAACCUCACUGCUAUAGGUUACAGUUGGGAAGAUCAUCAUAUUGAAGAACAACGUCAAAGUUCUAGAAGAUGUGAAAGGCAUGAAAGAAGUCAUACUGAAGUGAAACCUUAUGAAUGUAAUCAAUGUGGUAAAGCCUUUUCAAGUCAUAGUCAUCUCCAAUAUCAUAAAAGAACACAUAGUGGAGAGAAAACACAUGAAUGUAAUCAAUGUGGUAAAGCCUUUUCAUGUCACAGUCAUCUCCGAUCUCAUAAAAGAACACAAACUGGAGAGAAACCUUUUGAAUGUAAUCACUGUGAUAAAGCCUUUUCAUGUCACAGUAGUCUCCAAAGUCAUAAAAAAACACAUACUGGAGAGAAACCUUAUGAAUGUAACCAAUGUGAUAAAGCCUUUUCAUGUCACAGUAGUCUCCGAUAUCAUAAAAGAACACACACUGGAGAGAAACCUUAUGAAUGUAAUCAAUGUGGUAAAGCCUUUUCAUGUCACAGUCAUCUCCAAAGACAUAAAAGAAUACACACUGGAGAGAAACCUUAUGAAUGUCAUCAAUGUGGUAAAGCUUUUUCAAGUCACAGUAGUCUUCAAUAUCAUAAAAGAACACAUACUGGAGAGAAACCUUAUGAAUGUAACCAAUGUGAUAAAGCCUUUUCAUGUCACAGUACUCUCCAAUAUCAUAAAAAAACACAUACCAGAGAGAGACCUUAUGAAUGUAAUCAAUGUGGUAAAGCUUUUUCAUGUCACAGUCAUCUUCAAAGACAUAAAAGAACACACAUUGGAGAGAAACCUUAUGAAUGUAAUCAAUGUGGAAAAGCCUUUUCAUGUCACAGUACUCUCCAAUAUCAUAAAAGAAUACAUACUGGGGAGAAACCCCAUGAAUGUAAUCAAUGUGGUAAAGCCUUUUCAUGUCACAGUGGUCUCCAAAGACAUAAAAGAAAACACACUGGAGAGAAACCUUAUGAAUGUAAUCAAUGUGGUAAAGCCUUUUCAGAUCACAGUAGUCUCCAAUAUCAUAAAAGAACACAUACUGGAGAGAAACCUUAUGAAUGUAAUCAAUGUGGUAAAGCCUUUUCUUGUCACAGUCAUCUCCAAUGUCAUAAGAGAACACAUACUCAAGAGAAACCUUAUGAAUGUAAUCAAUGUGGUGAAGGCUUUACACAAGAAGGUCAUCUGCGAUAUCAUAACAGAACCCAUACCAGAGAGAAACCUUAG